GGAUCCUUCCCCGCCCCACCUCCCGGCCCCGGCCGCCACCCUCCCUUUUCUUUCCGAGCUCCAACCAAAUUCCCUCGCCCUGCCGCCGCUGCCGCCGCGGCCUAGGCCUUGACUCUUCUCCACGACGCCGCGCCCUCUCCCCCACUGUCUUUUGACCGCUCCAAGCUCUUUCUUGCUUCUCUUCCCCCUCUGAUCGCCCACGAGGGACACAGCGCCUGCUUUGAACGCAGCUGUUCGUCCGGCAAAGACACGGCACCCGCUGCCGCAUCAUAACCGCCGGCCUGCCCUUUCUGCUCCAUCUGGGAAGUUAGCUCCUCCCGAAAUUCCCUCUUUCGCUACCCCUGGGAAAAGGGGAGGAAAAGGCGCCAUCUUUUCCGAUCCCAGCUUCAGGGACACACCAUCUUCCCCUGAUCGCUCACGCGGUAGGCUUCCGGCUUCGAGAAUCGAGUGGAAUUAAAGCUCUGGUGAACCGGUUUUGAGCUUAAGGGGCAGAUCCCCGCGCCGGAGGGGGAUCUUCUCGCCGACAGAGUCAGACGGUCUCGGUCCAACUGCCCCCUGCCUCUGCAUAAGCUCUGUUCCAGCUUUGUGGUUCCGUCCUUCCCUGCUCUGCUGCGGCCUCGAUGGACAGCCUCCCCGACGGGGUGGCGCCGCCCGCGCCGACGCCGCAGCAGCAGCAGCCGAAGCGCGACGAGUGGAGCGAGAGCGGCAUCUCGCGCCUGCUCGAGGCCUACGAGGCCAAGUGGCUGCUCCGCAACCGGGCCAAGCUCAAGUGGAGCGACUGGGUCGACAUCGCCCACGACGUCUCCGCCCACUGCUCCUCCUCCGACCACGCGGCCUCCAAGCCCGGCGCCGCUGCCGGGGGCACCGCCAAGACCCCCAACCAGUGCAAGAACAAGGUCGAGUCCAUGAAGAAGCGCUACCGGGCCGAGUCCGCCGCCGCAACGCGGGCCGGAUCAGCUGGGGUGGCCAGCGCCUCCGGUGGCCCGUCCUGGCGCUUCUUCGGCCGCAUGGACGGGCUGCUCAAGGGCCCGGCCGCCGGCUGCUCUGGCCAGCCGCAGGCGCAACCGGAGCCGAGCUACGAUGGCAUCGUCCAGCCGCGAGCCCCCCUGAAAGCAGAGCCAGAGGUCGACGCCGAAGCAGACACCGCCCUCCAGCAGCCGCCGGACACAGCAGGGCCGCCCGGGGCGCUCUCCGAGCUACUGAGCACAGACGCCAACGGCUCCGCGACGGUGAAGGCCGAGAAGACCGUCGAUCUGGCCACGCACAAGGAGAGCGGCAGGGCGGCUGACAGCGACGCCGCAAAUGUGAGCUCUCCGCGGAGCAAGGAGGUGGAGGUGGGGGUGAACGACGACGGCGCCGAGGAGGUGGACACGCCGAGAAAGAGGAAGAGCCCGGAGCUGGACGUCGCGAGGAGCAUCGAGCUGCUGGCGAGCUCGUUCGUGAAGAUCGAGCGGGCCAGGCUGGAGGUGUACCGGGACACGGAGCGGAUGAGGGCCGAGGCCGAGGUGAAGAAGGGCGAGAUGGAGCUGAGGAGGACGGAGAUCAUGGCCAAGACGCAGCUGCAGAUCGCCAGGCUCUUCGCCAAGCGGCUCAAGGAGUGCGUAGGCAGCAGGAAUGGCGGCAGCUCGUCUCAAGCGGACACGCUUGCCAAGAAAGGCGAAAAUGGUUCAGGGUGACUGGCCAAUCAAAGCAGCUAUCAUUCUCUUCCCUCGGCAUCGCACAGGUUCUAAACACAAGGCCGGUAUCACACCAUUCAUUUGCAAAAAAUGUAUGUCUGAUUGAUUCAGCCUCAUCAUGAGUGAAGGCAUAUAGUUAGCGGUAAAAAUCGAAACACAAUAACGGAAGCGUCGGUUCCCCUUUCCAGCAGGGUGUUAGAAGAUGCAGUUUUACAAUCAGGAGUAGUUUGCUAGUCCGAAAAAUUGUCAACUUGCAUUCCUACUGAAAGUGUUUUACUGACAACCACUGUAAGAUGCUGUGGUUCUCACUUCUCUCUCAGUGCUGGAAGCCGGAUGCUUGAGGUGGUAUGGUGUUUGUGUGGUCGUUGAUAGUACGAUUCAUUCGUGUACUGAAUGCAUCAUCCACGGCUAUCUUUUCCAUAUAUGUAAUGUAUGCAUCAUCCAUGCUCUUACCUUUU